GUUGUGAGCGAUGCCUUUCGCCAAGCGGAUCGUGGAGCCCCAGUGGCUGUGCCGGCAGAGGCGGCCGGCCCCUGGCCUGGCCGAGGGCGAGAGUUUGGGCUGCGAGGAGCCGCCGACUCCGCAGCAGCCGCGGCCGCCGCCGCAGCGGGCGCCUCCUCAUCGGCGGGAGGAGGCUGAGGCACCGCGGCCGGAGGACAGGGACGAGGCGGCUGGGUUGCCGCUUCUGGAGACUGCGGCGGGGGAGGAGAGGCAGCCGCCGCAGCCACGGAGAGAGGCACCCGGGGCAGCUGCCCAGGCGGAGGCUGCGGUGGUGGCGGCCGGGGCCCCCGGGAGCGAGCCCUCCUCCGCCGCCGCGGCGAUGCUGAUGAUGUUGGAUCUGUGCUCCGUCAGUAAUGUGGCUCUGUCCCGGAUCCUCCGGCAGCUCUCCGACGUGGCCCGGCACGCGUGCACUCUCUUCCAGGAGAUUGAGGGUGACAUACAGCUGACCCAUCGCCGGGUCCGUGCUCUCCAGGGCAAGAUCAGCGGCGUCCAGCGCGUCUUGGGCACCAUGGAUCCCAAGCAGGAGGCAGUGCCAGUCUCAAACCUGGACGUGGAGAGUAAACUGAGUGUCUACUACCGAGCCCCGUGGCACCAACAGAGAAACAUUUUCCUUCCUGCAACGAGGCCCCCGUGUGUGGAGGAGCUACACCGUCAAGCGAGGCAGAGUCUGCAAGCUCUGCGCAGAGAACAACGGAACCGUGGGGAUCACCGAGAACAAAGAGUAACUGUUCCCCUUUCUGUGGUGGCACCACCACUUCCUUCUUUACCUUCAUCCUACAGUCGGAAGAGGCUUGAGCUUAAGGACCGGCACUUUUUAGCGUUUCACAGCACCCGCUCGUCCUCCCCCACUGAGUGUUGCCACAUGACCCCUUGGAGUAGAAAGUCCCAUCCCCCAGAGGACGAGGAUACAGAUGUCAUGUUAGGACAGAGGCCGAAAAAUCCAAUACAUAAUAUCCCUUCAACACUGGAUAAGCAAACCAAUUGGAGCAAAGCACUACCUCUCCCAACUCCAGAGGAGAAAAUGAAACAAGAUGCCCAAGUGAUUUCUUCCUGUAUUAUCCCCAUCAAUGUCACUGGAGUUGGUUUUGACAGAGAGGCUAGUAUACGCUGCUCUCUUGUUCAUUCACAAUCUGUACUACAGCGAAGACGAAAAUUGAGGAGGCGGAAAACCAUCUCUGGCAUCCCCAGAAGAGUGCAGCAAGAAAUAGAUUCUGAUGAAUCGCCCGUGGCCAGGGAACGGAAUGUGAUUGUGCAUGCAAAUCCAGACUUCUCCAGUAAUAUCAAUAGGAGGUCGGGGACCAGGGACUCUGAAUGCCAAACUGAGGAGAUUCUUAUUGCUGCUCCAUCCAGAAGGAGAAUCAGAGCUCAGAGAGGCCAAAGCAUUGUAGCUUCCCUUUCUCACUCUGCUGGCAACAUUUCGGUGCUGGCAGACAACGGCAGCGCCAUGUUUACUACUGCGGCAAGCAGCCGCAUUCGAUCACGGAGUCUUCCCCGUGAGGGUGCUAGAGGCAGUGAUGCUGAGCAUAACAUUGGUGCUAAAACCUCAGCCUAUGAAGAGGAGUCUUUUAUGGACAACCAGGAAAGGAUACCAAAUAAGGAUACAGAUGCCAUGAGUAGCCAAGGUUCACAGGAACACCAGCCCCCCUUGGGAUUAACCUGCUCUCAACACCUCCACAGCCCCCAGCACAAGUUAAAUGAAAGAGGGAGGUCAAGAUUGUCAAGGAUGGCUGAUUCUGGAAGCUGUGAAAUUUCAUCCAAUUCAGAUACCUUUGGGAGCCCUAUUCACUCCAUCUCCACAGCUGGAGUUCUCCUUAGCAGCCACAUGGAUCAGAAAGAUGAUCACCAGUCAUCCAGUGGCAACUGGAGUGGGAGCAGCUCCACAUGCCCCUCACAAACAUCAGAAACCAUUCCCCCUGCUGCUUCUCCUCCACUGACUGGCUCUUCACACUGUGACUCUGAGUUGUCAUUGAACAUAGCCCCUAAUGCCAAUGAAGACUCCAGUGUCUUUGUAACAGAAAACUAUAAUGACCAUAUGGAUAAAGUGAGGGGCCAUCGAGCAAGCUCCUUCACAUCCACUGUUGCAGAUCUGCUAGAUGACCCCAACAACAGUAUUACAAGUGAUAGUGAAUGGAACUACCUGCACCACCAUCAUGAUGCCUCAUGCCGCCAAGAUUUUAGCCCUGAGCAUCCCAAGGCUGACAGCUUGGGCUGCCCAAGCUUCACAAGCAUGGCCACUUAUGAUAGCUUUCUGGAAAAAUCACCAUCUGACAAAGCAGAUACUAGCUCUCAUUUUUCAGUGGAUACUGAGGGAUAUUAUACCUCCAUGCACUUUGACUGUGGUCUCAAAGGUAAUAAGAGUUACAUGUGCCAUUAUUCAGCCACAGGCCCUGAAAGUGGCCAGGGCACUGGUGUUCCUCCCACCUUCUCAGAUUGUACCUGGCAGGACUACCUAGAUCAGAGGAGGCACGGAAGGCCAAGCAUCUCUUUCAAGAAACCAAAGGCAAAGCCAGCCCCACCAAAACGCAGUUCAUCUUUGAGGAAGUCUGAUGGAAGUGCAGACAUACCUGAGAAGAAAGAACCAAAGAUAAGCAGUGGGCAGCACUUGCCUCACAGUUCCAGGGAAAUGAAAUUGCCUCUUGAGUUCUCUAACACACCUCGAAUGGAAAGUGUUGGUUUAUCCAGCAAACAGGAACAUCCCUGGAUAAACCAGAGUGACCAUGGGAUAAAGGAGACUCAUUUGGACACUGCAGAUAUUCCAUCAUUCAAAGAUGAAGGUGCUGAAUCAACUCACUAUGCAGAUCUCUGGCUUCUAAAUGACUUGAAAACAAAUGAUCCGUAUAGGUCUUUAUCCAAUUCAAGCACUGCUACGGGUACCACAGUCAUUGAAUGCAUCAAAUCACCAGAGAGUUCUGAAUCACAAACAUCCCAGUCUGAAUCCAGAGCCACUACUCCAUCCCUUCCUUCUGUUGACAAUGAGUUUAAAUUAGCUUCACCAGAGAAACUGGCUGGCUUAGCAUCACCAUCAAGUGGCUACUCAAGUCAGUCUGAAACACCAACAUCUUCUUUCCCCACAGCUUUCUUUUCUGGACCAUUGUCUCCUGGAGGUAGUAAGAGAAAGCCAAAAGUCCCAGAAAGGAAAUCCUCCCUUCAACACCCCUCUCCAAAAGAUGGAAUUAUGUCUUUAAGCAAAGAGCUCGAACUUCCAAUUAUACCUCCUACCCAUCUUGACCUAAGUGCUCUUCAUAAUGUCUUGAACAAACCCUAUCACAACAGACAUCCAUUGCAUGCAUUUGCUCAUUGUAAGCAGAAUUUAGUAGGAGAAACACUAAACUCUACUCCCUCACCAUCCCUUGCAAUUACACCUACAGUCCUGAAAUCUGUUAACCUUAGGUCAGUUAAUAAGUCUGAUGAAGUUAAACAAAAGGACAAUGAUAAUACAGAACCACCUUAUUUACAGGAAUCUACUAUCACGGUGGCUGCCUUGUCUCCAAGCAAAACAAGGCCACACAUUGCUAAGAAAUCAAUAUCACGCCAAUAUUCCACAGAAGACAUCAUUUUGUCCUUUAUUGACUCAUCUCCAGUAGAUAUGGGUCCUGACAAAAUGCAUUUAGAAAAAAGUGCAGUUUUCAAUGUGAAGAAUCAUUGUGAUCAAGAAACUGUACCGUUGGCCAGUAACAAUCUUCUAGAGACGAAAGCCACAAAGGACCAAAUGUCAAUAGUCAGGGAACCUUUUCCAGAACAUGGACCAGGGAAAAACUGUGAUGUACCUACAGAAGGACUUCAGAGAGGUUCUAUUGGUAAAAUAACAGCUCAAGGUACUGGGAAAGAUGGUAAUAUUGAGCAGGUACAGAAGGCAUUCUCUGUAGACUGGGAGAACACUGCACAAGCUAAAACGGGGGAUGAAACCUCAUCCCUGUCUCUGUCUGAUUCACCAACCAGAGCAGCAACAGACACAGACAGCCAACUUAAGCAUCACCUUGUUAUGAGCCACCACCGUGACAAAGUGCCUGGGCACAGUUGCUAUGAAUCAGAGCUAACAACUGUAAAUUCACUCAGUGAAAAGCGUUCUGAGCAGGAAAGUGAUAUUGCAUCAGGUAUUUCUACCAAAAGUGCCUCUGAUGACCUAAGGACAGAGGAGACACAAGCAAGUACAGAUGAGGUUUCAUUGAAAGAAUCUUCACCAAGUGACGACUCCAUCAUUUCACCAUUUAGUGAGGACUCUCAGGCUGAUGAUGAUGUUUUUGUGUCUCCAAACAAACCUCGAACCACUGAAGAUCUUUUUGCAGUCAUUCACAGAUCAAAGAGGAAAGUACUUGGAAGGAAAGAUUCUGGGGACAUAUCUGUACGAAGUAAAUCAAGAGGUUUUCCUGGCACUAGCAAUAGUGGCACUGUGCCCCCCAGCAACAUCCUAUCUCCAAACAGCAAUGUGCCAACUCCACCAAACAGCCAGAGAUCUCCUGGUCUUAUCUAUCGAAAUGCAAAGAAGUCCAACACCUCUAACGAAGAGUUUAAGCUCUUGCUUCUUAAAAAAGGCAGUAGGUCUGAUUCCAGUUACCGGAUGUCUGCCACUGAAAUCCUGAAGAGCCCCAUCUUGCCCAAAUCCCCUGGUGAGCUCCCCACCGAUCCAUCCCCAAGCAUGGAUGAGCCUCCCCAGAUGUCAUCAGGGGCAGAAGCAUUGUCCCCUCUUUCUCCAUGCUCCCCAAGAGUUAAUGCAGAAGGGUUUUCCUCCAAGAAUUUUACCAUGUCAGCUUCAUCUAGGGUUGGACGUUCCCGGGCACCCCCUGCAGCCAGCAGCAGCCGUUACAGCGUCCGUUGCAGGUUAUACAAUACACCCAUGCAAGCUAUCUCAGAAGGAGAGACUGAAAAUUCGGAUGGCAGCCCUCAUGAUGACAGGUCCUCCCAGAGCUCAACAUAGGCUGCACAAUCUACACAGCCUCACUAUUAAAUAGGAAAUACAUUACCACCAAAAGCAUUUGGCUUACACAAGGAUAUAAAAAAGAUAACAGAGGACUCAAUAGAUAUGUGGGGAAGGAUCAGUGCUUAAGCUCUGUAAUCCUUUGUUUAAUUCUGCAUUUUCUAAUAGAAGCAUAUGCUGUCUCCCACUUUUCAAUCUUUAGCUUCAAUUUGGUUUAUUCCAAUUUAUUCUUCUUGUCAAUGUAGUUUUUAAAAAAAUCUAAUUUUCAUGAAAAGAAAGGGAAAAAAAUCUUUCUCAGCUGCCCAUUUAGGAAAGAAACUUCUUCACUGUUGUGCUUCCCUAGAGAGAGAGAAAAUGACUCUUAAGGAUUGGUAUUUUUCUACAUUAAAAUGAACUGAAACAAAGUUUAAAAAGAAAUGAACUAAACACAUGUAAAUACCAUAUUUUUGAUAAAAAAAUGUAAAUAGAACUAUUAGAGAAGAGUGGACAUGUGGCAAAUUAUUUACUGCAUACUGUUUAUUGAAGACAAAAGAAAUAAAAUGUCAUAACUGUAUUCUGUGAAUACCAUUUUCAUAUCAAACAUCAUGUUUAAAUGUCCACCAAUAUGGCUUUUAGAAUGAUAAUCAAGCCUCAAAUCUGAAUUUUUACAUUCUUGAAAAUAGGAAAAUUUCAAGUUUACUUAUUGAAAUGUUAACUUAAAACCUUAUGAAUUUAAACCUGACCAUUUUUCUUGUAAACUUCAGCACCAAACAAGCUCAUAGCAAAGCAUAGCUGUGAUUUACCAUAUGGUAACUGGUAAGAGUGGAAAGCAUGCUUUUAACUUUUUUAAACAAAGAAAGGAAGUCAUCAUUCUCAAUACAAAACCCUAAGCAAAAGCAUUUGACAGUGUCCUUUAGCCAUUUAUUUUUAAAUGAAUUGCUUUAAUAAAAAUGAGCAGGGGAAAUAGAAAUCAAUUCUGUGUUAUGUUUUAUAUUAGGCUACUGAAGUACAAAGAAUCAGAAUCUAAUGACUUUAAUAUUUAAGCGUUUUAGACAAUUAGUUCCAAGUUCUUAAACUAACAAUAUAAAAAGAUGUAAGCAUGCAAUGGAGCUGUUGAUUUAUCAGUAAGUAUCUGCAAUGAGUUUUCAGUGAAGCUUUCUCUUUGUGCUGAUGAGAUUCAUGCUACCUAAAUAUUAACAGAAAUGACACUGUGAAAAAUGUAGCUGGGAAAUAGGUAUGUAUAUGCAUUAUUUAUAUUCAUUGUUAAACUGGGAAUGGGGGAAAGCUCUGGUUCACAAUGCUACAUACAACUUUGUCUGGUUUUACUAUAACUGCUUGGUGGGGUAUAGGGAGGGUGGUGGGUGGGAAUGGAAAUCCAUCAGAGUAAAUGCUCUGAUAAAAAUGAAGGCAGGGAAACAAGCUGAAUUACUUGAAAUUACUUGAAUUUUCUUGUCUUAAAACUGAAAGAAAUAAAGUUAGGAGUUGAAGUCUACAAAUGGUUUUACACCUCUGAUUUUAACAUUAACUGAAACUAAUGUUUGAGAUUAUUUGUCAGAAAUGUAAGUGGUUACUAUUACUUAGAACAUGCUUUGGAAUGCGAGAAGGUAUAGUGCGGAGGAUUGAGAAGGAACAUGGCCUGUAACAGAACGAAAUGAGGUUAGGAUAAUAGAAAAAUAAUAGGAUCACAAAGAAAUCAACAAGUAGCUGGCUUUAAGCGUAAGUAAAUGGUGAUUAGGGAAGUAGGUUGUGUGAAAGGGGUUUUAUUACUUUGGUUCAAUUCAUGCAAUGCAUAGGAAAGAGUGUCAAAGGCGAAAAGUAAGGCUGUCAAAAAGAAAGUUAUCUAAAAUGUUAGAGAGUUGUUAGAAUAAGUUAGGAGAUUAGGAAUGUUGGUUGGUUUUGCUUUGUUUGUUUGUUUGUUUUUUCUUUUCUGGAAAGAAAGAAGAACCUUGAUCUCAUCUACUGUUUAUUACCAAAAUGUGUUUUAGAGUUUCUUGCCAACCUUGUAUGAAGAAUGAUUAUGCAGUUGUAUGCAUGUGUGUACAUGUGUAUAUCCAUAUGUGUAUACUUUGGGAAAGAAAAAAAGUAAUUGGCAAGAGAUAUUAGUGGGGCAGUAUUUGAAAAGUGUUAAAGAUUUAUAUUAAAGGAAAAGUAGGUUGAUGUUUGAAAAUGGACCCUUUUCAUGGAAAUAUACCAGCUAAGAAAACCAGCCUCAUUUGAUACCAUAUUGGGAAUAUGAAUGAAUUAGACUAAAAUUCUGAAAAGUACACAGUUGGCACAAAUAAAAAAUGUUUUUAGAUAAAUGUGACAAGGUGGCUGGAGCAAUCAUUUCCAGUCAUAUUAGGUCAUUUUUCAUAAUGUUUUUAAUAGCAGUUAAUUUGCAGCAUGGUUCUUUAGCCUGAAGAAAAAUGUAUUGUGUGUGCUUUAAAAGUAAUUCUAAAAUACAUGCCGAAUAAGAAACACCAUAAUUGGCUUUAAUAAAAUGUCACCUUUUUAUUGCUGACAUAAAUUUAAUUGAUAAUGGUACCACAUAUUUUAAAACAAAUAUAUUGACUUGAAUUGUGAGGCAAUAAGAUAUCUUCUAUAUGUAAUGAUCACAGAACACUUAUAAUUAUAGUUUUACUUAUUUUGUUUAAUCUAAAGAUCUAUGACAAAGUUUCUCUAUUUUAUAUUUCAUAGAUUUAAAAGCCCAAAAAUAUAUGGAUUAUAAAUCCACUAUAGAAAAGAAUAUUCAGUAUAAAAACAAGUGAGGGAAAUUAAAAAAAACAGGAAAUUUUAGUGAUAUGGAAUAUUUUACAUGGCUUUAAAGCACUCAAGACAAAGUGAGAACUGACUUUAACAUCACUGCCAUUUUGAAGCAGGGUACAUGCAUUAAGUAAUCUGAGAAACAUCAUUCCAAAUUUUUGUUCUGUUGUUUGCACUGAUGUUAUUAAAAUGAUUUUGAAGUUUAUGCAACUGUUUCUGUAUUCUGUAAAAAAAAAAACCCAUACAUUCUCCUUUCUUGGUUUUGAUUUUGCUUUGGGGUUUGUUUUGUUUUGUUUUGUUUUGUUUUACUGAAUAGAGGACAUGGAAUAGUUAUAGCAAAUAAAGCAUUCUGUGUGUUUGCUUUUGCCAAAGGUCAGUGAUGGAGUGCAUUUGCUACAAUGGUGGCAGAUUUAGAGAAAUAGGUUAUGACUUAAAGAUUUAAAACAAUUAAGAAGGUUACAGUGUAACUAUUUUGGUACUAGAACCAGUUCAUGCUGGCAGAAAAGACAAUGGUUUAUGGACUUGCAUCCAUUUUGUAUUUUUGUAAUAUUUGUAAAUAUAAACUUUUUAAAUUGUUGCAAAGAUGAUUUCUUUUGUAAAAUGUUUUCAAAGUUUACAUUCAAUCCAAGCCUUUGUAUAUUUUAGAGCUGUGCAACACUUUAAGUCUUGUAUUUAUUUUUAGUAAAAACGGUGACAGUUUCAUUGUGAACCCCUCUCAAAAACGUGUCAGAAAAGUUUGAUUACCUAGAAAGUGUGUAUAGAAACUGCAAAUAAA